AUUGAAAUCAACCUUAAGCUCCUUUUAUCUCCACUCUAAAGGUAACCCCGAUUAUUGCUGACUUAAGCAUCGGAGUGUCUACCCCGAGGACCCACCUUAGGGCUUUGCAGUUCUAUAGGAACAUCAGUAUGAGACAGUAUUUGGUUUUUUAUGCGAAGGAUUUGGAUACAUCCCUAAAGCUGGUGAAAGCAUCAAAGUUGUCCUCGAAAGGGAUAAUCAAGAUGAUGAUGAUGAUAAGCACGAUGAAGAUGGAUCCAAUCAUCAAGAUGUGAAGGCAUCAAAUAUAUAGACUUGAGGUAGGGUAUUAGCUGCAAAUGCCUGAAGGGUUGGUGCUGUUUGUUUUGAGCAGAUAAACAAUGGGGAAGCAAUGUCAGAGACCAAAGAAAUAACUCAAUUGAUU